AUGGCAUCAGUGAACGACUCGCGGCUCAAGCCGUCACAGAAAGACGCGGCUGACCAAAACUUCGACUACAUGUUCAAACUUCUCAUCAUCGGCAACAGCAGCGUCGGUAAAACCAGCUUCCUGUUUCGCUACGCGGACGAUACCUUCACUUCAGCCUUCGUCAGCACGGUGGGAAUCGACUUUAAGGUCAAAACCGUUUUUCGCAACAACAAGAGGAUCAAACUGCAGAUUUGGGACACAGCCGGACAGGAGCGCUACAGAACCAUCACUACAGCGUAUUACAGAGGAGCCAUGGGCUUCCUGCUAAUGUACGACAUCACAAACCAGGACUCAUUCAACGCCGUUCAGGACUGGGCCACUCAGAUAAAGACAUACUCGUGGGAUAAUGCACAGGUGAUACUGGUGGGCAACAAGUGUGACCUGGAAGAUGACAGACUCGUUCCGGCAGAGGACAGUCAGAGACUGGCUCAGGAACUCGGUUUCCAGUUUUUCGAGGCCAGCGCCAAAGACAACAUCAACGUGAAGCAGGUUUUUGAGUGUCUGGUGGACGUGAUAUGUGAGAAGAUGAAUGAAAGUAUGGACGGAGACGGUCCAGUGUCCAAACACAAAGACUCCAGUCCGCAAGACACGUCCUCUGAGGGACACAGCGGCUGUGCCUGCUAAAACACACUCUCUCCAUCUUCAUCACACAGAGAACUCCUCACCUAUUCACUGCUAUUUGGGAUAAUCUUUGCUUUCCUUCUUUUAGCCCAAACAGCAUCUGCUAAACAUGCUCAGUGUUGUUUGUUGACGUGGAUGGUCGAGAUAGGAUGGCGUGGAUUGAAAUCUGACCGUGCCUGCGAUCUACGUGACGCCCUGUACAUAUUCACACUAAGACGCAAACAGCUGGAGAUACUGCACAGCGUUUAAAGGUCCAUCCGCACCUGUUGCUCACACUCUCACCCUGUUGUCUUUCCCUCAAAAAAGCCACGUUUGGAUGGAUCUUUGUGGUUUUAGCACACGUUCACUUUCUCAUCGCAUACUGUAACGUCCACAGCCCUGAGCAGCUUCUGUAUUGUCCAUCUGCUUUAAAUGACAGUCCUAACAGCUCAUUCGGCACUAUUAUGGAGAUAAAUACACUGUGCUAUUCUGAUAUGUGCAAUCAUGGGCUGUGGUUUAAAACUUAUGUGCAUCACUCACUGAGAAAUAUCCACUCAAAUCAAUGUUUUACUGCUAUUUUUUGGUAUAAGCGUUUUCUUAAAUUAUAAGAUAGCAAAUAAACUGCU